AUGCCGGAUGUGCAGGGACUUGAAAACACGCAACAGUGGACAUACAUCCAUUACAAGACCAUUCUUGUAGCAGGAGUGGGCUUUUUCUUGGACGCCUAUGAUCUGUUUAUCAUAAAUCUUGCCAUGCCGAUGAUUUCCUACGUGUACUUUGAGGGACAGAUACCUUCGAGCCUGGAUUCAGCCAUCAAAGGAGCUGCCACGUUUGGAACUUUGAUCGGGCAACUCACGUUUGGCUACUUGGCUGAUAAACUUGGGAGGAAGCGCAUCUACGGAACUGAACUCAUGAUCAUCUUUAUUGCGACUGUGGGAUCUGCAUUGUCAGCCAACUUUGCCCGUGGUUCUGGCAUUGCUGGAUUACUCUUCGUUUGGAGACUCAUAUUGGGGUUCGGAAUUGGUGGAGAUUAUCCAUUAAGUGCAACAAUCACAUCCGAGUUUGCUAAUAAACAUAAUCGAGGAAUGAUGAUUGCAAUUGUGUUUGCGAAUCAAGGAACUGGAAUCCUGAUUGCAGCACUAGUGGCAGUAAUGUCUCUUGCCAGCUACUCUGCACGCAUUCGAACCGACCUUCUGUAUCUCGAUGAUGUGUGGAGAAUAUGUCUGGGAUUUGGUGCCAUUCCUGCUCUAGCUACCAUCUACUUCCGACUUACAAUGCCAGAAUCGCCUCGAUAUGCUGCUCAUGUAGCCCAGAAUACUGAAUGUGGGACGUCGUCCUUACAUGAAACCAGUCAGCCUCUUCAUAAGAGUAUUCGACAGUCUGAAGACGCCGAGAGUGAAGAUGAAGAUAUCUUUGAUGCCGCCAAUACAUUGAACGAUACCCUCUCGUCAAGUCAACCCUUCCUAGAAUACUUUCGGCAAUGGCGAAAUCUCAAAGUGCUGCUGGGGUGUUGUUUGACUUGGUUUUGCUUGGAUGUUGCAUUCUAUGGAAUACAACUCAAUCAGAGCAUCGUGUUGCAAGCUAUCGGGUACGGAACAGGCAAGGAACCAUUUGAUGACUUGUGGCAUCGAGCCAUCGGAAAUCUUGUCAUUUCUUUGCUAGGAACUGUUCCAGGAUACUGGGCCUCGGUGUUUCUGAUUGAAAAGCUCGGUCGAAAGACUAUACAACUGAUUGGAUUUGCGGCGCUAGCAGUGUGUCUCUUUAUCCUCUCUAUUGGGUAUAAUGUAAUCUUGUCUCUUUCGACAGGCUUGUUUGUGGUCAUUUAUACCAUUGCACAGUUCUUUUUCAACUUCGGACCGAAUACGACAACAUUUGUGCUCCCUUCCGAGGUCUUCCCUACACAAUUUCGGGCGCAAGCGCAUGGUAUAUCAGCAGCAAGUGGGAAGUUGGGUGCUAUUUUAGGUGCCUUUCUAUUUGGUCCAUUGAAAGACAUUGGUGGGCAUAACGCGGCUCUCCCAUCAUUACUUUUUGUCUUUGCCCUCUUCAUGUGCAUGGGUUUCAUAUUCACGUUGUGGCUGCCUGAAACAGCAGGCAAAACAUUAGAAGAUAUUACGCUUGAUCGAGAUCAAGGGAAUCGUGAAGACAGUCUGAUGGAAAUCUGGAAUUUGUUUAGGGAUAAGGUAUACCUGAGCCGGCACCCAGCGAAUGAUGCCAUCCAGCUUCAUUCUGCAGCAGAGUUUUAG